AUGGCAUAUCCACAUGAACUAAAAGAUGACUUUUUAAAUGUCCAGGAUAAGUCAAAGAAUGAAGAACUAUUAGAGGAAUCCCUUUUUCCCAUAAAAAAUAUAAAAAUUAAGGCCGAGUUAGAUUUGGAGGAGUCUUUCAGCUAUUUAAACCAACUAAAAACGUCAAAAAACCCUGAAAAUUUUAGUAUAGGAUUGACAGUAACAGAAACUAUUGGUAAAAUCAAGUUCCAUCCUCAUGAAAUGCUUCCAAAUGGUAUCAACUUUGAAAUUAAGCAGGAAUAUGAAGAGUGUGAUCCUGAUCUGGAUAAAAUUGCAGCUAUUGAUCCCAUUACCAGUUGUUUGACUGAUAUUUUCUAGGGAGAAUAUUUAUAAAUCUGAGUCUGAUACCCCACGAAUUUAUUCACAAGACAUUAAAGUUGAAAUCGAACAUGAACAGUGUGAUUCUUCUGUGAAUAAAAUGAGACAUAUUCAUCCCAAUAACAAUUAUUCAACCAAUUUUUUAACAGAGAAUAUUGAUUUACACAAAUCUGGUGCCCUUCGAAUUUCUCCACAAGGUAUUAAAGUUGAAAUUAAACAAGAACAUGAACAGUGGGAUUCUUCUAUGGUUAAUAUGAAACAUAUUCAUCCCAAUAAUAGUUAUUCAACCUAUUGCUUAAGGGAGAGUAUUGAUAGACCCAAGUCUGAUGCUUCACAAGGUAUUAAACAUGAAAUUAAACAAGAUAAUGCAGAGUGUGACUUUGUUCUGAAUACAAUUAGCAACACAUAUACUAGUCACUUAAAUACAGAAGUAAAAUUGGAAGACUUUGUUGAAGUGGAAAAUGAUUCCCAUUUAAGUAAAAUAAAAAUCAAACCUGUUAAUAGAAAAAACAAAUUAAAGGCUUUUUAUUUCACCAAAAAAUGGUUUUCUUCUGUCAAUUUAAGGAAGAAUAGACAUAAGAUUCAUAGUUGUCCUUUUUGUGGUAAAAUCUGCAUAAAGCCGUUAAUUCUUAUGUACCAUUAUAAAAUAUAUCAUUGUACAAAAAAAGCGAAAACAAAUAAACAAACUGAAAUCAAAUCAUCUUCAAUAUUAAAUGGUUUAUUAAAAAAAGAAAAGGAUCAAACGUUAAUAACUAAAGGAUCAUCAUAUGAAGGAGGUUACACUUUGGAUGAAACUAAAAUUUCAUAUAUUGGUACAAUACAUAAAAAGUUUGUAGACGAAAAUCAAUUAGAACCCAAUUUCGGCUGGCAAAAAUUAUACGAAUGCAGUAAGUGUCACAAAAAUUUUAAAAGGUGCAGUGAUUUAACAAGACAUUUGUUUAGUCAUGUUAGAGAAAGUCCAUAUACAUGUGAAGUCUGCUUUGCACAGUUUUCUACAAAUUGUUGUUACCUUAUACAUAGGCGUGUACACACUGGACAGAAACUGUAUAAAUGUCAUAUUUGCUUAAGAAAAUUCGCCCGAAUUCAUAAUUUAAUACGCCAUCAAGUAGUGCAUUCUGAUGAGAGACCAUUUGAAUGUGAACUUUGUGGAAAAAGGUUUAAAAAAGAGGAUCAUAUCGAACUACAUCACAGCAUUGUCCACUUUGGUAUUAGACCUUAUAAAUGUGACUCGUGUUCUAUGACAUUUGGUCGAUCCACCGAUUUAAGCAGACAUCAACGGGUGCACACUGGAGAAAAGAAAUAUAAAUGUAAGAUUUGCUUAAAACAGUUUGCACAUCGUCAUGCUCUGAAGACUCAUAUGCUCAUUCACACAGGACACAAGCCUUUCAAAUGUGAGAUUUGUUCAAAAGCUUUUGGCACCAAAAGGCAUUGCGAGCAACAUAUGCAUGUCCACACUAAAGACAAACAUUUUGAAUGCGGUAUCUGUCACAAGAAAUUUACAUUUUAUAGUAGUUUAUGGGCACAUACGCUUGUCCAUUCAGGAGAAAAGCGUUUUAAAUGUAGUCUCUGUUCGAAAGAUUUUGCCACUUCAAGCAAUUAUAAACAGCAUUUGUUGACACAUUCUGAUCAGAAACCUUUCCAAUGUGAAAUUUGCUCCAAAAGGUUCAGAGUAAAAGCUGGUGUGAAUAGACAUAUACUAACUCAUACUAGAGUUAAAUCAUUCGAGUGUGAGGUCUGUUUUAAGCGCUUCUCUGCUAGUUCAACACUCAGAACACACAUGCUUCUGCACGAAGACAAAGACCGUUUUAAAUGUGAAGUGUGUCAAAGAAGAAUGUCAUCAGAAAAGAGUUUAAAAGGUCAUAUGCGACAGCAUACUGGAGAAAAACCUUAUGAAUGUGACAUUUGUUUAAGAACUUUUACUGACUCAGGCAACAUGAAAAAACACAGGAAAAAACAUACAGGGAAUACAUUAAAAAAGGCUGGUACUGUUUCGUCCAUCCAAAAAUAA